UUCUCUGGGGCAGUGGGUAUGAGGUUAGUCUUAUACAUAGUCUCGCGGCCAUUGUACUGCUCUUUUAACACCCCUCACAGCCGCAGAUAGAGCUCUGGUACGUGGGCUAUAACCGCAAUAUGCUCUGCAGCCUAUGUAACGGCAUCGAGGGCAAUUACAAGCCGACCGCAAAUUGGGCCACCCUCGAACUCAACAUUACUGCCCUCACCUCCUCACACCUAGCCACCGCACCCACACCAACCAACUACAGUAUGAUCGCCGUCGAAGCCGGCUACGCCAUCUUCUACCAGACACCGGCCGACAAACUCGCCGUAUCCAUCACGCAGCUCGACUCGCCCGACCGCCCGGCCGGCUUCCACCAACCCUGGCCGACCACCCUCCCGGACAUCACCCUACCCAAGCGGGCGCCCAUCGCCGCCUUCUCGAUCGCCCGCCCGGGCGACACCCUGCAGCGCGUCGACACGACGGUGCUGUACCUCGAUGCCGACGCUAACAUCAACGUGCUGUCGUCACCCGAGGCGUUGAUGGCGGGCUGGACGAUGGCCAAGCCUGAGGCGCUGCGCGGUGCGGAUAAGGAUACGGAUAUCGCGUGUCUGAACAUGGCCACGUCGGAGUAUAAUGCGGCUGAGGUGCCGGUGGCGCUGGAGGCGGCGUCGGAGGAUACGAGGUGCUACUUUCAGAGGGAGGGGAGCGUGGUGGAGGUGUGGUUGGAUGUGGAAAGGGGAGAGUGGGUGGUUAUGGGAAGUGUGCCUAUUCCGUGAUCUUGCUAUACAUACCCGUUUCUUUCGUCCUUGUUUUUCUUGUGGUUUUGGGGGGUCCGUUUCCGUCCAUCGGCCAGUGGGUGAUCUAUUGGCGUUGGGACUGUAAUAUAUUACGAGGGUGGUUAUUUAUUGUUUAGGAUCGAUCACGAAUGUCUAUUUGGACACGGCUGUUGCAUUGAGA